AUGUCCACAACAUCCCCGGACACUCUCAAAUCCGCUGGUCCCUUUUUGCUGGGAUACCUCCUCAAUUACGGACUGUACGGUGUCCUCACAGUCCAGAUGUACGUUUAUUACAUAGCCUUCCCAGACGACCGUACCGCGGUUAAAGCUAUAGUUUACGGCGUAUAUCUCGUCGAAACGAUGCAACUUUUCAUGAUCACCUACGAUGCGUUCCAGAAUUUUGUCUAUGGGUUCGGGCGACCGGCGGCGUUGAAUGAGCUCAAUUUACUUUGGUUUGAUUGUUGUGUCAUUGAUGGGGCAGUUGCGUUUGUGGUGCAAACGUUCUUUGCUUAUAGAAUUUUUUUGUUAUCCAAGUCAAAACUGUUAACAGGCAUUAUUGUGGUGAUCUCACUCAUGCAAUUCGGGGGUGCCGUCACUACAGCAGCGAUGGAUAAAGCCGUUAGCGUUUUCUCACAGGUUCGAGGAAAUUUUAUCGCGGUAUCGUUCUGGCUAGGAGGGAGUGCAGCGUGUGACAUCGUGAUAGCAGUUUCAAUGACCUACGUUCUAUCCAGAUACGAUACGAGCUUCCGCGAUACCAGGGAUCUUGUUAGGCGUGUCCUCCGAUUGACUAUGGAGACGGGGAGUUUGACUGCCACAAUAGCAACAGUAGACCUCAUCCUCUUUCUCUCCUCCGAGUUCCCUUAUCACGUAACUCCUGCUCUGACACUGGCCAAGCUUUAUUCCAAUUCGAUGAUGGUGAUCUUCAAUAGCAGAGUCAAAAUCGUAGGUGGACGAGGGCAGUCAUCAACGUCGAUUGGGGAGGGGGAGAUGUCGAUAACCUCACAAGGGCAUUUGGGUUUGGAGUCGCUGUCUCGGGCUCGGCCAAAACGAUUGCAGACGUAUCAUCCCCAGCUCAGUGUCGGGGUCAAACAUGAGAUUGAUGUUGACGUUGCUGAUGGUUCAAGGACAACCCAGCGCUCAAACGUUCGCACACAUUCCAUUCAACUUGGUGAACUCACGUCAAACGUAGAUUUUCAAGAACAGACAAAGAAGGACGACUUCUCAGUUUGAAAUGCAUUUUUAGCUGUUUUGACCGGAACUCAGACAGUAUUCCGC